AUGACCUGCAGAUUACACUAUGGACUACACCUCUCCUCCCCCGCCCCCACCCUGUGCUCGACCCCAACUCCAGCUGAGGUAGGAUGGAAGGUUAUUUUUCUUAACCCCGUUACAAGACAAAUAGAACUCCCAGGGAAAAGAUAGGGGGCCAAAUGUGUAUUUUAAUUCAGAAAAGAUUGCCAAAGGGGAUAGCUGGGCUAGGAAUGCUUGACUCCCAUCCCUCAAAGACCAAGGGGGGUCUUGAGGUAGUCAAGCAGAACUGUAAGGAUUACUGGAUUUUUACAAGGAGGCUUCUUUUUUUUUUUCAGGAGAAGCUAAAGAAGCUUCCAUAAGGUUUCCAGACUUUUUACCAGCCAUGAAUUGUUGUGACCUCUCAGCUCCCCAAUUCAGAGACGCUGUAGCUCGUUGUCUCUGAUUGGAGUCCAUACUGCGGUAGCCGUUAGGAUGCCUUAUUUGUGGGUUCUUGUUCUUAUUUGGUGUGUUCACCGUUAGACAUCAGUUUUCGUCUGUGUUUUGAUCGUGUGAUCCAUUCUCGGAAUAAAUUGUCACUUCAACGUGCAGCAUUGGUCCUCCUUCCUUAGACGAUCGGUGACACAGGCAGCUACUCUUCCUGGGGUCCAGCAAAAUUAAGGCAGUUAUAUAUUUUAAAAACAUUACAAUGCAUUCAUAACAGAUUUCACAACAUAUAAGUGUGUGCCCUCAGGCUUCUACUCUACUACCACAUAUCUAUAACACAAAAUCACAGUGUACAUGUUGUGUAUAGUGCUUAUGUUAUCGUUGUGUUUGUAUGCAUGUUGUCUAUGAUUGUGUUGCUUCACAAUCCCUGCUGUUCCAUAAGGUGUAAUUUUAUCUGUUUUUUUAAUCUAACUUUAUUGCAGGCAUGAGUUACUUGAUGUGGAAUAGAGUUCCAUGUAGUCAUGGCUCUAUGUAGUACUGUGUGCCUCCCAUAGUCUGUUCCUGUCUUGGGGACUGUGAAGAGACCUCUGGUGGCAUGUCUUGUGGGGUAUGCAUGGGUGUCCGAGCUGUGUGCCAGUAGUUCAAACAGACAGCUCGGUUCAUUCAACAUGUCAAUACCUCUCACAAAUACAAGUAGUGAUGAAGUCAAUCUAUUCUCCACUUUGAUUGACAUGAAAAUCAUUAAUGUUAGCUCUCUGUGCACAUCCAAGGGCUAGCCAUGCUGUCCUGUUCUGUGCCAAUUGCAAUCCCUCUUUGUGGCACCAGACCACACGACUGAACAGUAGUCCAGGUGCGACAAAACUAGGGCCUGUAGGACCUACCUUGUUGAUAGUGCUGUUAAGAAUGCAGAGCAGCGCUUUAUUAUAGACAGACUUCUCCCCAUCCUAGCUACUGUUGUAUCAAUAUGCUUUGACCAUUACAGUUUACAAUCCAGGGUUACUCCAAGCAAUUUGGUGGUCCUCUGUAGCUCAAUUGGUAGAGCAUGGCGCUUGUAACGCCAGGGUAGUGGGUUUGAUCCCCGGGACCACCCAUACGUAAAAAUGUAUGCACACAUGACUGUAAGUCGCUUUGGAUAAAAGCGUCUGCUAAAUGGCAUAUUAUUAUUAUUAUUAUUAUUAAUUUAGUCUCCUCAACUUGCUCAAUUUCCACAUUAUUCAUUACAAGAUUUAGCUGAGGUUUAGGGUUUAGUCAAUUAUUUAUCCCAAAUACAAUGCUUUUAGUUUUUUGAAAUAUAUAGGACUAACUUAUUCCUUGCCACCCAUUCUGAAACGAACUGCAGCUCUUUGUUAAGUGUUUCUGUCAUUUCAGUCACUGUGGUAGCUGACGUGAAUAGUGUUGAGACAUCCGCAUACAUAGACACAUUGGCUUUACUCAAAAAGUAAGGAGGCUAGACAGCUACCCUGGGGAAUUCCUGAUUCUACCUGAAUUUUGUUGGAGAGGCUUCCAUUAAAGAACACCCUCUGCUUUCUGUUAGACAGGUAACUCUUCAUCCACAAUAUAGCAGGGGGUGUAAAGCCAUAACACAUACGUUUUUCCAGCAAAAGACUAUGAUCAAUAAUGUCAAAAGCCGCACUGAAAUCUAACAAAACAGCCCCCACAAUAUUUUUAUCAUCAAUUUCUCUCAGCCAAUCAUCAGUCAUUUGUGUAAGUGCUGUGCUUGUUGAAUGUCCUUCCCUAUAAGCGUGCUGAAAGUCUGUUGUCAAUUUGUUUACUGUAAAAUAUCAUUUUAUCUGGUCAAACACCAUUUUUUCCAAAAGUUUACUAAGGGUUGGUAACAGACUGAUUGGUCAGCUAUUUGAGCCAGUUAAGGGGGCUUUACUAUUCUUAGGUAGGGGAAUAACUUUUGCUUCCCUCCAGGCCUGAGGGCACACACUUUCUGGUAGGCUUAAAUUGAAGAUAUGGCAAAAAGGAGUGGCAAUAUCGUCCUCUAUUAUCCUCAGUAAUUUUCCAUCCAAGUUGUCAAGUUGGCUUGUCAUUGUUGAUCGACAAUAAUACUUUUUACACCUCUUCCACAUUUACUUUACGGAAUUCAAAAUUAAAAUGCUUGUCUUUCAUAAUUUGGUCAGAUAUACUUGGAUGUGUAGUGUCAGCGUUUGUUGCUGGCAUGUCAUGCCUAAGUUUGCUAAUCUUUCCAAUGAAAAAAAUCAUUAAAGUAGUUGGCAAUAUCAGUGGGUUUUGUCAUCUGAUUCAAUGAGUAAUGAAGUUUGCCUUUUUGCCUUUUUGCCUUUUUGUUUUUUUGCCUUUUUGCCCAAGUUUGUCAUUUAAGGUGCUCUAAAGCUUUUUACUAUCAUUCUUUAUGUUAUUUAUCUUUGUUUCAUAGUGUAGUUUCUUCUUCUUUUUAUUCAGUUUAGUCACAUGAUUUCUUAAUUUGCAGUACGUUUGCCAAUCGGUUGUACAGCCAGACCUAUUUGCCAUCUCUUUUGCCUCAUCUCUCUUAACCGUACAAUCUUUCAAUUCUUCAUAAAUCAAUGGGGAUUUGACCGUUUUUACAGUCAUUUUCUUAAUGGGUGCAUGCUUAUUAGUAACUGGGAUAAGCAAUUUCAUAAAUGUGUCAAGUGAAGCGUCUGGUUACUCGUCAUUACACACCACAGACCAACGAAUAUUCUUCACAUCAACAACAUAGGAAUCACUACAGAACUUAUUGUAUGACCUCUUAUACACAAUAUUAGGCCCAACCUUUGGAACUUUGGUUUUCCUAGAUAUGGCUACUAUAUCGUGAUCACUACAUACGAUGGAUUUUGAUACUGCUUUCAAACACAUUUUUACAGCAUUAGUAAAGAUUUGAUCAAUACGUGUUGAUGAUUUAAUUCCAGUACUGUUUCUAACUACCCUUGUAGGUUGAUUGAUAACCUGAACCAGGUUGCAGGCACUAGUUACAGAUUGAAGCUUUCUCUUGAGUGGGUAGCCUGAUGAAAGCCAGUCAAUAUUUAAAUCACCCAGAAAGUAUACCUCUCUAUUGAUAUCACAUAUAAUUUAUUAUCAAGCAUUUCACACAUGUUAUCCAGAUACUGACUGUUAGCACUUGGUGUCUAUAGCAGCUUCCCACCAGAAUGGGCUUUAGGUGAGGCAAGUGAACCUGUAGCCAUAUUACUUCAACACCGCCCCCAUUGGCAUUUCUGUAAAUGUUAUAACCUUGUAUUGCUACCACUGUAUUAUCAAAGGUAUUAUCUAAGUGAGUUUCAGAGAUUGUCAGAAUAUGAAUGUCAUCUGUUACUAGCAAAUUAUUGAUUUCAUUAACCUUGUUUCUUAAGCUACAUAUGUUAAUGUGGGCUAUUUUAAACACUUUUCUGGGAUGCAUGAUUAUCUUUCUUGCUUUACUGGGAAGCUUAGCAGAGGUAGACAUACUCUGGUUAUUUUUAUUAGUGCAGGGUGAGCUAGACACAGUGGACUUCCUACUAGGGCACACCACCUCAGUGCUAACAGUAUUACUGUGGUUCAUAAGCAUAUGAUUACUGCAUACAAUAGCUGUAGGAUCAGCAGAGGCAUUCCGGGCAGUAAGAGGGGCAUAAAUUAGGUUAUUUACAUUGAGUCUUCCAACGCCCCUAGGAUAAUGUACAUUUGCUGAAUCAUUAUGACAGAGCUGGACUUGGGUCAUUGAUAAGUCAUUGUCUCAACGCAGCCUUAUAAUGCUGUGAAAGGAUCCAGGAACCCAAAUGAUUUGGGUGGAUCCCAUCCUCCUUAUAAUACGAGCUUUGUUUCCAGAAGGUAUCAAAAUUGUCAAUAAAUGUUACACCCACAGAGCUGCAAUAGUCUCAGAGACAGUUAUGGAGGGCUAUAAGUCUGCUGAACCGUUCAAUGCCACGAUUUAGGGAGGGCAGAGGGCCAUAUAUUAUGGGUCUGUCACAUCUGCUCCUGCAACGCCCUCUACAGCUCAUGCUGUGUCUCCUUGACCUGCCGCCACUCCCCCAGUACUCUCUCCCUCUACCUCUCUCUCUGUAUGUGUGUGAUUGUGUAGGCGGAGACAGGUGUGCUGGAGUCAAAGUAGAUCCCCACCAGCUGCAACCUGUUCCAUAAUCAAGACCUCUACAAAUACUCAGUCCUGCCACUUCCACACUGCCAGAUCGUAAUCUCUGCUCAGUCAGUCUACGUUUCUAGCCGUUUGUUACUAUUCAGAUCAUGUUAUCCUGUUGUGCAUGUUUUCCUUGCCUGACGCUGUUUUCCUCUCCACUACAGUUCUGCCCACUCCGACUCUGGUCCCUGUCUCCAGUCCCACGCCUCGUCAUCCUGAUACUGUGUCCUGGAUUCUCCACUCUACUACUUCCUUGGAUUCCCCUCCGGACCUGCUCACCCUGUCUCAACCACCCCUCGCUCCAGCCUCAGCCUCCGCACCUGGUUUCCAGCAGUUUCCCCUGACCUGCACUCCAUCUUCCCCCUGUGUUUCAAUAAAUAUCUUGGUUACUUCAUCCCAGUCUCCUCGUCUGAGUCUGCUCUUGGGUUCCCCUGUUCCACUCCACGGAACAGUACGAUCUGGCCAAAGAGAUGAACCCAGCAGACUCUGCUACUCUCCACCAAACCCUCGUCGGCCAAGGCGCCCUGCUCGAGCAACAUGACCAAGCCCUGACGACCCUUCUGGAGCACAUCAAGGAAUUUUCACAGAGCCUGUCUGACCUACAGGGCCGACCCUUCACCCAGAGCUCACAACCAGUUCCAAGUCCUUCUCCACCGCUCCAGGAGUCCGUUUGUUCCAACUCCCGAGUGUUACGAUGGCAACCUCGGAGCUUGCAGAGCCUUUUUGGUACAAUGUUCACUGGUAUUUGAGCAACAGCCCUACUCUUAUGCUAGCGAUCGGGCCAAGAUUUUCUUUCUGAUUGGAUGCCUCCGUGGAGCAGCACUUUCCUGGGCCACGGCAGUGUGGGAGAGGCUGUCCCCCAUCUGCUUCUCCUACUCCAGAUUCACGGAGGAGAUGAAGAAAGUCUUCGACCACCCAGUCUGCGGUAGGGAUGCUGCUAAACGACUCCUGUCCCUCUGUCAAGGCCCCAAUAGUGUUGCUGAGAUGGCAUGUGAGUUCCGCACCCUCGCCGCUGAGAGCGGCUGGAAUGAGGAGGCCCUUCAGGGAGCAUUCCGGGACGCACUCACUGAGACCCUCAAGGACGAGUUGGUGUCCAGGGAUGAGCCUGAUGGACUUGAUGAACUAAUCUCUCUCGCUAUCCUCAUCGACAACCGUCUCCGUGAGCAUCGGACGGAGAGGGUAGGUAGGGUUGCAUGUCCCAUAACAUCGGCUUCAGUGCCUUGUCCUCCUUCUCCGACUGCAUCCCAUCCCCAGGCUCGUCCAGAUCCUGAACCCAUGCAGCUUGGCCGGGGAAAUCUCUCUCCAGAGGAGAGGCAACGACGAAUCAGCGCUAGGAGCUGCCUAUACUGUGGCCAGGUUGGUCACUUUGUCUCCAUUUGUUCCCUGCGUCCAGCAAAAGAGGGGGCUCGGCAAUAGUGGGGGAUAUACUGUUGAGCCAAAUCGCCUGCCCAUCUUCCCCCAGACCCCUGCUUGAAGGCAACCUUGUGUGUCAGAGCCAGGCUUUUCCUCUGUCUGCUCUCAUCGAUUCGGGCGCCGACGAGAGCUUCCUGGACCGAGGUGUCGUUACCCAGUUGGGCCUGGACACUGUCCCACUCGAUUCACCCCUCAAUGCCAACGCUCUAAAUGGACAGCUUCUCACCCGUGUCUGUGAGAGAACCGUCCCUGUCAUCCUGCGUCUCUCUGGAAAUCACCAGGAAAAGAUCAGUUUCCACAUAAUCGACUGUCCUUCCUCUCCCCUGGUUCUUGGCCAUCCAUGGUUAAAGCUACACAACCCACAGAUUGACUGGACUGCCGGAAAGGUAACCACUUGGAGUUCAUUUUGUCACUCUAAUUGUUUACAUUCUGGCCUUCCCCCUGCCUUGUCUGUGUCCCAGUUCAUUCCAGAACCUCCGGACCUGUCAUCAGUUCCUCCCGAGUAUCACGAUCUAGCUCCUGUGUUCAGCAAGCACCACGCCCUGUCGCUGCCACCUCAUCGGUCGUACGACUGCGCCAUUGACCUCCAGCCUGGAGCUCCUCUCCCCAGUACAUUUACAUUUUAGUCAUUUAGCAGACGCUCUUAUCCAGAGCGACUUACAGUUAGUGCAUACAUAAAAAAAUUCAUACCCCCUGUAGGAAUCGAACCCACAACCCUGGCGUUGCAAACGCCAUGCUCUAUCAACUGCGCUACAUCCCUGCCGGCCAUUACCCUGGACGACGCUGGGCCAAUUGUGCGCCGCCCCAUGGGUCUCCCGGUCGCGGACGGCUACGACAGAGCCAGGAUCUCUAGUGGCACAGCUAGCACUGCAAUGCAGUGCCUUAGACCACUGCGCCACUCAGUAGCCGGUUGUUUAACCUCUCUCAUCCCGAGCAAGAGGCUAUGAAGAGGUACAUCCAGGAUUCUCUGGCUGCAGGACUUAUCAAGCCAUCUUCCUUCCUGGUGGGUGCUGGGAUUUUCUUUGUGAAGAAGGAUGGGUCACUGAGGCUGUGCAUAGACUUCCGUGGUCUGAAUAAUAUCACUGUUAAGAACAUGUACCCCUUGUGUGCCACUCAUCAACUCUGCUUUUGUCCCCCUCCAUUGUGCCACGGUGUUUACCAAACUCAACCUCCGGAAUGCCUACCACCUAGUCCGCAUAAGAGAUGGGGGACGAGUGGAAGACUGCGUUCAACACACCACUUGGUCACUUUGAAUAUAAAAGGUCAUGCCUUUUGGUCUUACUAAUGCCCCUGCUGUUUUACAGAACAUAGUCAAUGACGUGCUGAGGGAUGUGAUUCAUGCUUCGUUUUUGUCUGUUUAGAUGACAUCCUGAUUUUUUCCAAAGACCCUGAGGCUCACCAGCAACAUGUUUGCCAAGUUCUUCAACGGCUGUUGGAGAAUAAGCUUUUUGUUAAAGCUGAAAAAUAUGAGUUCCAUGCUGCCACAGUGGCUUUCCUGGGUUAUAUUAUUACACAGGGACAGUUACAUAUGGACCCCGCCAAGGUCAUGGCAGUCACAGAGUGGCCUGCGCCCUCCAACCUGAAGCAGCUACAGCGUUUCCUGGGGUUUGCAAAUUUUUACAGACGUUUCAUCUGCAGCUACAGCAGUCUGGCAGCACCCCUCACCACUCUCACCUCCAACCUCCACUCCGUUCCACUGGACUCCUGAGGCUGAGGCAGCAUUCCUGGAACUCAAGCAUCGCUUCACCUCCGCUCCGGUCCUUACUCAGCCCGACCCAGAACUCCAGUUCAUCGUGGAGGUGGAUGCCUCUGACACCGGGGUAGGUGUUGUUAUGUCUCAACGUUCCCCCUCUGAUCAGAAGGUCCACCCAUGUGCAUUCUUUUCCCGUAACCUCUCACCAGCAGAGAGGAAUUUUGACAUCGGAAACCGGGAACUCCUGGCAGUUAAGCUGGCUCUGGAGGAAUGGCGUCACUGAAUGGAGGGCUCUGUAACCCCCUUCAUCGUGUGGACUGACCAUAAAAACAUGUCCUACAUCUAGACCGCCAAACAUCUGAACUUCCGGCAAGUCAGGUGGGCCUUGUUCUUUGGUAGAUUCAAUUUCACACUCACUUAUCGCCCCGGUUCGAAGAAUUCCAAGCCUGAUGCCCUCUCUCGCCAGUUCACCACCGACAACACGGGUACCGAGCCAGAAGCCAUUGUGCCAUCCACCUGCAUCAUUGCCGCCAUCACCUGAGAGAUCGAGUCCCGUAUCCGCCAGGCUCAGCAGAACCAGCCUGAUCUGGGUAACGGUCCUAGUAAUGCUCUGUUUGUCCCAGAUUGUGUUUGCUCUGAUCUUCAGUGGGGCCAUUCUACCCACCUCACCUGUCACCCUGGUAUGAACCGGACCCUCGCCUUCCUGCAUCAGCGCUUUUGGUGGCCCACCAUGGAGAGAGAUAUCCGGGAGUUUGUCUCAGCCUGUUCGGUUUGUGCCCGAAACAAAACCUCCACUAAACCCACUUCCGGUCUGCUCCACCCUCUUCCCAUACCCAGUUGCCCCUGGUCACACAUAGCUUUGGACUUCAUCACUGGCCUUCCCCCAUCUAACGGUAACUCCGUCAUCCUCACCAUUAUUGACAGGUUUUCCAAAAUGGCUCACUUCAUUCCCCUCUCCAAGCUCCCGUCCUUCAGGGAGACUGCGGACCUGUUAGUAUCCCAUGUGUUUCGUCUGCAUGGCAUCCCCACUGACAUCGUUUCCGACAGAGGACCCCAGUUUACGUCCCAGGUAUGGAGAUCCUUCUGUCCAGCUCUUGGUAUCAAUGUCAGUCUUUCUUCUGGAUAUCACCCCCAGACCAACGGCCAGACCGAACGGGCCAACCAAGAGAUGGAGACUGCCCUACGCUGCGUGACUUCUGCUAACCCUUCCUCCUGGAGCGCUCAGCUACCCUGGGUUGAAUAUGCCCACAACACCCUCACCAACGCCUCGUCAGGUAUUUCACCCUUCGAGUGUGCUUUGGGUUACCAACCCCCCCUUGUUCCCCGCCCAAGAGGUUGUGGUUGCAGUUCCCUCUGUCCAGGACCAUCUGCGCCGUUGUCACCGUACCUGGAGGAAGGCCCGGGCUGCCCUUCUUCGUGCCUCCGACGGGACCCAGUCCCAAGCCAACCGUCGCCAGGCCUCAGCUCCAGUCUACACCCCGGGUCAAAGGGUAUGGCUCCCAUCGAAGGACCUGCCAUUGAAGGUGGCAUCGAAGAAACUUUCCCUCCGAUUCAUUGGUCCCUUUGAAAUUAACUGUGUCAUUAACCCCUCUGCGGUGCGCCUGAAACUCCCAGCCUCUCUCAGGAUCCAUCCUACCUUCUACGUAUCCCUGAUUAAACCUGUGUGCUCCAGUCCCCUGUCUCCUCCUGCAGCAGCUCCUCCACCCCCUCAGCUCAUCGAUGACCAACUUGCCUAUACCGUCCAGCGGCUUCUGGACGGGCCUGAGGAGCGCUGCUGGGUGCCCUGCCAUCACAUUCUGGACCCCUCCCUCUUACGGGAUUUCUAUACCUCACACCCAGAUAAGCCUGGUGGUGCGCCAGGCUUAUCUCUGUGUGUGUGGGCGGAGACAGGUGUGCUGGAGUCAGCAGAUCCCCCACCAGCUGCAACCUGUUCCAUAAUCAAGAGCUCUACAAAUACUCAGUCCUGCCACUUCCACAUUGCCAGAUCGUAAUCUCUGCUCAGUCAGUCUACGGUUCUAGCGGUUUGUUACUAUUCAGAUCCUGUUGUGCAUGUUUUCCUUGCCUGACGCUGUUUUCCGCUACAGUUCUGCCUGCUCCGACUCUGGUCCCUGUCUCCAGUCCCACGCCUCGUCAUCCUGCUACUCUGUCCUGGAUUCCCCACUCUACUACUUCCUUGGAUUCCCCUCCGGACCUGCUCACCCUGUCUCAACCCCCCUCGCUCCAGCCUCAGCCUCCGCACCUGGUUUCCAGCAGUUUCCCCUGA